ACUACUUCUCCUCCAAUGGCAGAAGAUGGGGGCGGGUGCGGAUAUAGGUAUGGGUCUGAUGCAGCCCGACAGAGGAAGAGGAUAAUAAGAUGGUAUGGGGCUUAGAGAUAUGUCAAUUUUCAAAUCUUGGCACACCAAAAUACUACUCCGUCACCCCCUCUUUGUCUCUAGAAUCUGCUGCCUGCCUUGUUUUCCACUGUUACUAUAAAUAGCAUUCGGCGUACAAAUGGCGUCCUCCGCGCCUUUGUUUUGUUUUCACUCUUCUAGAAAUCUUGGCCAUCGCUACACAAAUUCUUGCAACAACAAUAAUCCCACGUCUUCGUCUUCAAGUUCUUGCUCCCCUUCACCGUAUUCUUCCUGUCAUAAUACUUGGUAUUGUCGUCGAGGGCAUACCUGGAACCUCGCAACUUUUGCCGGCUUGAAAUAUAUUUGGAAGCAUCAAAGCCAUAGAGCUCUAGCCAUGAAUACAUCUCAGAGCAACCUUGCAUCACCAAGGGGCAUUGUUAAUAUGGAGGAUAAACCUGAUCAUCUUCUUGUUCUUGUUCAUGGAAUCUUGGCAAGCCCGAGUGACUGGACAUAUUUUGAAGCGGAGUUGAAGAGACGAUUAGGAAAAAAGUUUUUGAUUUACGCGAGUUCAUGUAAUACAUACACAAAGACUUUCACAGGAAUUGAUGGCGCUGGAAAACGACUGGCUGAUGAAGUCAUGCAGGUUGUGAAGAAGACAGAGAGCCUAAAGAAGAUAUCCUUUUUGGCCCAUUCUCUUGGUGGAUUAUUUGCAAGAUAUGCAGUCGCCGUUCUGUAUACUCCUAAUGUAUCUUCUUAUCAGUCAGAUGUUCUAGCUGGCUCUCCUGCUACAAAAUUUAAAACAUUGUACUCCUCAAAUAAAGGUUUGAUUGCCGGUCUGGAAGCGAUUAAUUUUAUUACCUUGGCAACCCCUCAUCUUGGUGUGAGAGGAAAUAGGCAGCUUCCAUUCCUUCUGGGUGUGCCUUUCUUGGAAAAACUUGCUGCUCCACUUGCCCCCAUUUUUACUGGGCGAACUGGCAGUCAGCUCUUCCUCACUGAUGGCAAUCCCAAUAAACCUCCUCUCUUAUUAAGAAUGGCUUCUGAUUGUGAAGAUGGACAAUUUAUAUCUGCACUUGGCGCUUUCAGAUGUCGGGUUCUUUAUGCUAAUGUCUCUUAUGACCAUAUGGUUGGUUGGCGCACGUCAUCAGUACGAAGAGAAAAGGAACUUCCUAAGCCCCCUCGUCGCUCUUUGGACGGCUACAAACAUGUAGUUGAUGUGGAAUAUUGCCCACCAGUUUUGUCAGAGAGUGCUCAUUUCCCUCCAGAAGCAGCCAAAGCAAAGGAGGCUGCCCAAAAUGAACCCAGCAUACAGAAUACAGUAGAAUAUCACGAGAUUGUGGAAGAGGAAAUGAUACACGGUUUACAACGAUUGGGAUGGAUGAAAGUCGAUGUUAGCUUUCACUCGGCGUUCUGGCCCUUCUUCGCACAUAACAAUAUCCAUGUUAAAAAUGAAUGGUUUCACAAUGCGGGGGCAGGAGUGGUUGCUCAUGUUGCAGAUACCAUAAAGCAACAGGAGAAGCAACAAGACUCCUCUUCCACAUAUAUUGCUGCAAGUUUGUAGCCCUAUUACUACUGUAUGAUGAGGGUUAAAAUCAUCUUUUCAAAUUAACCCCAGAGCAGAAGUAAGAGCCAUAGCCUACAGCAAUUAACAGGAAUUAUCGCUUGAAAUAUUAUGUACCACAAUUUCCUCCACCAUGAAUCAAAGGGGAUGCUGCAUCAUCUGCUCUCAAGAUUUUGCCACUCACCCUCCCAAAAAAUAUUGCACGCAGAGAGAAAGAAAUAUAUAUAAUCUAAUUUAACU